CCAGGAUGAAGUUCUUUUGAAAUAUGACCUGUCAAUUAUCGCUGGUUGUUUUCAACAGCUAUUCUAAACCAGUCUGUGGACCGAGUACUCUUCUUCAAUGUGGUGAUAGAGGCUCAUCGCUAAACCAAAUUCCCAAAUUCCCAAAUGAAAUUUCCCUAAAUUCAAGUUGAUGAAUGAUGCUCAUGAACUUUCACACUCCCUGCGCCUGAGACUCCGAGUUAUCUGGCGUGAUGUAAAGAAAAAGGAGAACUUUGAAUGCCUCAGUCAUCUGAUCUUCGAUGCGCUAGGACUUGAUUUUGAGGUCACGAUGCGGUCGGCUGUGGGGAUUGCUUGGUAUUAUAAAUAUAAAGAGGUACUAAACGCUGGGCCAUGACAUAUCGAUCAAUAUCAAUCUGUUGAUGACUCCCUUCCACUUUUGCACUUUCCCUGCGCUACAUGGAUGUUGCGGGCUGUUGUGCGAGUAAAAACAGCACCGCAGCUCGGGCAUUCUGCCUUUGCAACCACCCCCGAUUUCUCUCGUUGAUGACGGAGUAGGUUGCUGAAUGUUGAGAACUCACGACCAUUGCAUCCAUGGUCCCAACAUUGUGGCUUUGGCCGAGAGCUGAUUACUCGUACUUGGCGGUCCACGUCUGAGGAUGCAGGGACGGAUUCGGGAGAUGAAUAUAACGACUCUGCGGGCCCCACAAUGUGCGCUGGAGGACUGACGGACAAUGGGUUCGGAUGUGGCCUGCAAUAGACAGUU